UCACACUAUGCUCACCGGCUUUUUUUUUAUUAAGCGAUUGAAUUUCCUUAUUUAUUCUUGAUUUAAACGUGCAAAAUGAAGCUCGCUCCGACUGUUAAGCUAAACAAUGGCUACGAGAUGCCAAUUCUGGGCCUAGGAACCUACAAUUCGAAGGACAACGAAGGCGAAGCCGCUGUGAAACAUGCGAUUGAUGUGGGCUAUCGUCAUAUAGAUACGGCCUAUUUCUACCAAAACGAGGCCGAAGUGGGCAAGGCGAUUCGGGACAAGAUCGCAGAAGGUGUGGUCAAGCGAGAGGAUAUAUUUUUGGUCACUAAGCUUUGGAACAUUUUCCACGAUCCAGAGCGCGUUGAGGGCAUUUGCCGCAAGCAGUUAAGCAAUUUUGGCUUGGACUAUAUCGAUCUGUAUCUGAUGCAUAUGCCAGUGGGCUACAAAUAUGUAGAUGACAACACCCUGCUGCCCAAAAAUGAGGACGAUGUGCUCCAACUGAGCGAUGUCGACUAUCUGGAUACGUACAAAGCCAUGGAAAAGCUGGUAAAACUGGGCCUGGUGCGCAGCAUCGGAGUAUCCAACUUCAACAGCGAGCAGCUGGCACGAGUUUUGGCCAACUGCGAGAUCAAACCCGUCACUAACCAGGUGGAGUGCUCGCCUGCGCUCAACCAGAAGGCUUUGACAGCCUUCUGCAAGAAGAACGACGUCACCUUGACGGGCUACACGCCUUUGGGAAAGCCCAAGCCGGAUAUUCAGAAGCCGGACUUUAUCUAUUCGCCGGAGGUGGCUGUUAUUGCCAAAAAAUAUGGCAAGACUACACCGCAGAUUGUGCUGCGUUACCUGGUUGGUCUGGGUGUCAUUCCCAUUCCAAAGUCAUCGAAUACUAACCGAAUUUCUGAGAACUUCGAUAUCUUCGAUUUUGAGCUGACAGCCGAGGAAAUGGCCGUUCUCGAUGGUUAUCACACUGGCGAACGGGUGGUGCCAUUAAAUUUGAUUAAGGGCCUCAACCACAAGUACUACCCCUUUUCAAUUGAGUUUUAAACCAGAUGAGCGCCUUGUUGCUGUAUCACGAAUAUAAUGUAAUAAAUUUGUCAUUACAUCAAUCUCUAUGACAACAAAUUGAAUGCACGAAUGUAUCUGCAUACUUAUUCCAAACCCAAAUCCAACACAAAGCUCUUAGUGCCUUGAUGUUCUCCAUGAAAUCCGUCCAGUUGCCAACGAUCCGAUCCGCACCCCACCGUGGAACUUAUUCCCAGAAAUGAGGAGCAAAUGGAAGCAUCGAUCUUUGGCACGGCACGUUUGACAUCCAAGCUAAAAGGUGAAAAUGUUUGAAUAAGACCGAAAUAUUAAGUAUUAAGCUUUUACGACCAAUGGUAAUGCGAAGUGCUCAAACUUGGAGAUCACCAAUGGAGAUUCAAAUUUAAG